AUGAACUCGCCAGCUGUCGCCGAGAGAGUGGUGGCACGAAUCGCUGCAGAUGUGGAGCUUGCUGACGUGGCAGACGGGCCUCCGGGAGGGAGUGAGGAGGAUGAGAGGGAGGAGGUGAUAUGGUGGGAUUUGGAGGAGGGGAGUGUGGCAAUGGAGAGGGAGGAGGAGGAGGAGGAGGAGAAGGAGGAGGAGGAGGAGGAGGAGGAGGAGGAGGAGGAGGAGGAGGAGGAGGAGGAGGAGGAGGAGGAGGAGGAGGAGGAGGAGGAGGAGGAGUGGGAGGAGGGACGGCCAGGGAGCGAGAUGGAAGGAGUGGUAGGAGGGAGAUGGAGAGAGGGGGAAGGAGAGAAGGAGAGGGAGAUGAUGGGAGGAGGGGACAUACUGGGGGAAACUGCAUUGGCAGCAAGCAACCAUGACAUAGACUCACCUGCUAGUGCCGCCGCCACAGCUGGGGGAGAGGUGGAGGUGGAGGAGGAGGAGGAGGAGGAGGAGGAGGAGGAGGAGGAGGAGGAGGAGGAGGAGGAGGAGGAGGAUGAGGAGGAGGAGGAGGAGGAGGAGGAGGAGGAGGAGGAGGAGGAGGAGGAGGAGGAGGAGGAGGAGGAGGAGGAGGAGGAGGAGGAGGAGGAGGAGGAGGAGGAGGAGGAAGAGGAGGAAGAAGCAGAGGAGGAGGAGGAGGAGGAGGAGGAGGAGGAGGAGGAGGAGGAGGAGGAGGAGGAGGAGGAGGAGGAGGAGGAGGAGGAGGAUGAGGAGGAGGAGGAGGAGGAGGAGGAGGAGGAGGAGGAGGAGGAGGAGGAGGAGGAGGAGGAGGAGGAAGAAGAAGAAGAAGAAGGGAGCGGAUGGUGCAGUGGGGAGUUGAGAGGUGCGUGA